AUGCAGGUGAGCCACGUGGCGACCGACCUGCGGGCAGGGGAAAGGCGCGAGAGGGGCUCCCAGCCCGGAGCAAAGCCUCCACGCCGCCCUCCGUGGUGGCCCUCUGGAGCCCCACUGAACGUGAUCAGUUCAGUGGAGCUCCAGAGGGCCACCAUGGAGGGCGGCGUGGAGGCUUUGCUCCGGGCUGGGAGCCCCGGCGAGUGGGCUGCUCGGAGGAGGAAGGCCGCGAGAUGCACCCCCCUCCCCGUCCCCCUCCCCUGCAUUCCCAACCCGGAAGACGGCCAUGGCCGGAUAUCGGAGUACCAAGCUCCACGUGACUCUGCUCCUUUCGGUCGGGAGGGAGGCUUCCGCGUGUUAUCUUCCUCCUUGCUUGCCGGGGAUCCUAAUGCAGACACGGAGUGGAAUGACAUCCUACGUAAAAAGGGCAUCCUUCCUCCAAAAGAGAAGCUAGAAGAACAGAGGCAGGCAGAAGAGGAAAGGGAGCAGCAGAUCCUACAGCAGCAGUCAAUUGUGAAGACCUAUGAAGAUAUGACCCUAGAAGAACUAGAAGAAAAUGAAGAUGAAUUCAAUGAGGAAGAUGAACGUGCUAUUGAAAUGUACAGGCAGCAAAGAAUAGCUGAAUGGAAAGCAUCUCAAUUAAAUAAAAAAUUCGGAGAACUUCUAGAGAUUUCAGGACAGGAUUACGUCCAAGAAAUUACUAAAGCUAGCAAGUAUAUAUGGGUGAUAUUGCACCUUUACAAGCAAGGCAUUCCUCUCUGUGCCUUGAUAAAUCAACACUUAAAUGGACUUGCAAAGAAGUUCCCUGAAGUCAAAUUUGUCAAAGCCAUCUCUACAACUUGCAUACCCAACUACCCUGACAGAAAUCUCCCCACAAUCUUUGUCUACCUUGAAGGGGAUAUCAAGGCCCAGUUUAUUGGACCACUGGUGUUUGGAGGGAUGAACCUGACCAGAGAUGAAUUGGAAUGGAAGAUUUCUGAAUCAGGUGCCAUCAAGACAGACCUGGAGGAAAACCCCAGGAAGCAGAUCCAGGACCAACUGAUGACAUCAAUUAAAUGCUCUGUUCCAACAAGGAGAGAAGAAAGUGACUCAGAAGAUGACUAAGACUUCCUAUAUGUGACAAGCUGCCCAAUCCAUGCUUACUCAGAAGGAGGUCCAGUUGAAUUCUGUGGGACUUGUAAAUAAGAAUGCACAGGGUUGCAAUCUAAAUGCA